CGCUGGUAUCGAUGCUAGUAUCGCCCAUCCCUAUUACACGAACUGUACGAAAGUGUUCUUCCUCCUUUUGUUUGGGUUAUCACAAAAGUCCUUUUCCUUUCGUAUUUAGAGCAAACCGCAAACACCAAAUCGAAUAUUUCAUAUAAUUUGUAACCGAAAUUCGCCGGUGCUUAGCAUGAUCCGUCCGGAGUUGGUCCAGCAGUUGGCUUGUCCGUCAUUUGGUCUUGCCACUUCUUGGAUUAUAUCUCGAAAAGGUAUACCGGCAGAGUCACUAGAUGAAGUGCAACGAAACUUCCGGAGAGAAUUAUGGCCGUUUUCAAAAUCACCUGCUACUAAAGAUAAUACCCGAGCGAAAAAGUUACGUGAACAGGCCAAUGAAUGCUAUCGGAAACCGCCGACUGAAUUGGACAUCGCUCUUCGGAAGUACAACGAAAGUAUUAGCCAUGCCGUUGAUGGAUCUGAGGAUUUGGCUCUGGGUUAUGCCAACCGUUCGGCAGUUUAUUUUAACCGGAAACAGUACCACCGGUGUAUUCGAAACAUUGAGCUAGCGAAAGCUAAUGGAUAUCCCAAGGAUAAGAUGGAGAAACUUUUGGAGCGAGAGAAAAAGUGUUUGGCGCAAUUGAAGGAACAUGAUUUAGCAACGAAAGAAACACAGUCUAAAGAAUCUACCUAUGACUUCAAUAUUUCUGAUAUUCCGGGUUAUGGAAGAGGACUGACAGCAUCAAAGGAUUUUAAAGUAGGAGAUGUCGUUUUAAGAGAACAUCCGGUUUUGGUAGUUCUUGAACCCGAAGUGACUUACACCAGGUGCGCAGCCUGUGGGGUCGAAAAUGAAUUCGAUUUAAUUCCUUGCAAGCACUGUGUUUUGGCCAUGUACUGCUCGGAGAAAUGUCGUUUGGAUGCGUAUGAACUGUAUCAUCGCUAUGAAUGUGAAAUUAUGCAAGACUUGGCUCAUUUGUUUAGAGGACCGAAACCCACACGAAUGUUUUUGUUAACUUUGCGUUUGUUCUGGUUGGUUAUGACUGAUUUGAUGAAAAAUCCCGCUGAUUUUAUGCACCGAUUUGAGAAAAAUCUGAAUAAAUAUCGAGAUCCCCGGAACGUAAAUCCGACUGGUAUACAUUUACAUGUUUUGUCGAACCCUCGCCCGAAUAUGACCGAAGACCGAACGGGGGAAGGUGUUAGUCAAUUUUUGACUGUACUGAUCUAUAAUAUAGCGAUAGUCGGAAACAGUUCUAUUGAAGAGCAAAUUUGCAAAGACUACCAAACUUUACUGUUAGAUGUUUUGUACCGAUUGAUGCAGCAAGCUAAACAAAUCUGUGACCAAAGCAUGUCCGGCGUUACAUGCUACUAUCCGUUCCUACAAUUGGUUAAUCAUUCCUGUGCUCCAAACACGGAACGAUUUACUACCGCAGGUCUUGAAUCGUGCUUGGUAACGAAACGGCCAAUAUUGGCAGGAGAACAAAUAACUAUGUGCUACUUCCCCAAUGGAUCUUCGGAUGUGAUGUCAAAGGAUAAACGCCAAACUCAACUCCAGAAGGAAUUUAGUUUUACCUGUCACUGCCUCGGAUGCACGUUAGACUACCCUCUGCUAAGCGCGAUCGAAGAAAAUACCGAGUUGCAAUGUGAACUUCAAUCAAUCAAUACGAGCGAAGAAAGUCCUAACGUAUUGCGAGCCCUAGAAGAUUUCAUUCAGCGACAUGACAAUCAAUACCCACAAAAAGAGUUGGCUCAAGCGUGGUCAAUGUAUAGAGAACGAAUAAUUGAACAUCUUUAGUGGUUUUAAUAUUUCUAGUUCAAAAUACAACAUUUUGUUUCUGACCAA